CAACGAUCUCGUUGCGGCAUGAGCAACAGGUAGCGAAAGAGGGGAGGACAAUGCAGGCGACGAAGGCGGUCAUGGGGAUCCGUGGCAUCUUUCCGCUCAUCAAGCAGCAUGCGCCCCUCGCUAUCGAGAAGCUCUCGUCGCUCAGCCAGCUCCCACCUGGCUACAGACUAGCCAUCGAUGCCACGCUGCUUGUGCAGAGGUUGCACUUUGCUGAUGACGCGCACGCCAGCCGCCACCUCAUUGGGAUACACCGCCUGGCGCGCGCGCUGGAGGCGGCCAACGUCAGACCGAUCAUGGUGUUUGACAACCCGGCGGCAUCGGCCAGAAUGCCGCAGAAGCAGCGUGAACGAGCGAGGAGGAAGCAGGCGCGCACUCGCCUCUCGACCAGGUCUCUCAUCGAGAAGCUGAGACGCGAUCGGCUCGGGCACCUGGAGCAGGCACUGGCACAGUGGAGAUCGUUGAAGGACACGGAACGGGCAGAAGUGGCGUCGUUGCUGAGACAUUGGUCAGAGAGCAAGGCGCCGCUCCCUGUUUCGCAGACCGCGACUCUGUUGGACCGCUUCUCCGACCAGACGCACGAAGCUGAAGAAGAGGCCGAGGCAGGACCUGAAGAAAGCGAGAUUGACCAGGGUGCUCUCGUGUCCUUGGACGACGCGAAGCUUCACGAGGCCGUCUUUGUGCGGCCAUCAUCGGACUUGCUCGUUGAGGACGACUGGAAAGGCAUCGACCUUGCACCACUCGAGGAGCUGGUCCAGGCAGCAGAGAGCGACAUAAAGGAAUGGCAAGCACGACAGCCGCCAUACGAUGGCAUCUGGUCCGAAGUAAAGGAGGCCGAGUCAUCGGCGACCAUCGCCAUCGCCUCGCGCAUCGAUUCAGCAAGGCGUGAAUACCUCCAUCUCCAAGCUGCAGCGAGCGCUGUCUCGACUGGACCCAGGGAAGGCACCGAGGAAGCCGAAGUCUCGCUCCCACCCGAGACGCCAGCGCAAGCUAAGAUGACUGCGCUCGAGGGGACACUGUAUGCGGCCCUUGAGUCUUCGCAAUGCAGAGAAGGAGAUGUGACGGCCACGUCGGCGGACGCCAUAGCCCUCUCCAAGACGACGCCCGAACUUCCUGCUGAGGAGCCCCUGGCGCUGACCGAGAUCGCCGCCCAAAAUCAGGUCCUAGGAAGGGCCUACGCCCGCUCCUCGGAGCCUCUCUCGCCUCAGAUCUUCGACGACUGUGCCGAUCUUUGUCGUCUAUUGAAUAUUCCUGUCCUCUGGACUGGCGACGGCUCUCGUACCGGCGGAAGGGCUCACGAGGCCGAAGCGAUGGCGGCCAUGCUCGUUCGUGACGGGCACGCCGACGCCGUCGCGAGCGAGGACAGCGAUGUGCUCCUCUACGAUGUCAAGCUGCUGCGCGGGCUCGUCGGAUCCAAAGGACUGGAGCUCGUCGAUGCCAAGCAGGUCCGCCUCACCUUGUUUCCUCCACAGCCUGCCGAGGAUGAAGCAAGUAAGGCCGAGGCGGACAAGGCGAGCGCAAGAAAGAUGCUCGACUUUGCCCUGCUCUGCGGCACUGACUUCAAUCGCACUGUCGCGGGAAUUGGCUCGCGGAGGGCCUUGAAGCUCAUGCAAACAUUCGGAAGCAUCAAUGGAAUCCGCCAAGAGGUUCUCCGAGCCGUGGCGCAGCACCGCAAGGACCAGCGAAGUCCCAAGCAGAUUCGAGCUCUUUCGGAGGCCGACGAGCAACCUCGGAUCGACAAGAGCAUGGCGUCCAUGAUGGCUAAAUUUGCGCUUCCGAAUGGCAUGACGUGGCGCGAGUACAGCAAGGAAUUGAACCAGGCGAGAGAUGUCUUCAGGCGACCGCCAAGCCUCUUCAAGGAGCUGAGGAAGCUCAAAGGGCAGGGUCAGGCCCAACUCUGGCCGGAGCCAGCACAGCAAUCACGCGACGAGUCAGAUGAAGAGGUCGAAAGGUAUCUUCAAACUCAUGGUGUACGGAGACACGACUCGCUGGACAAGGACGAAUCAGCGACGACUACACCGCAGAGCCGAGGAUUCGGAGCAGGGCUGUUCAAGGAUGGGGGGCCCGUAGCGAGCUGGUCAGGUUGAUAACGUCGAACAAAGCAAACCAAAUGUAUCCAUAGUCUGUUCAAGCAUAUACUGCAAUCCAAG